AUGGCCUACCACUACCACCAAGAGAACCAUGAGCAUACGUACGGUCAUGAAGCGAGGCAUGACGCGUGGACGACGACACAUUUUCAUGGCGAGCUGAGAGGGUACCAGCAGCAAGAAGAAUCCUAUCCUCAAGGCUCAUGGGGGCAAUGGGCUCCGCAGCACUCAUACGGCCAGGACCCUCAUUAUCCGUCGCGCUCUCACGUACCCAACGGCUCUUAUGGAGGUGGACACGUCGGAACCGGCCACGGUAGCAGCGGGAACAGCAGUGUCGAAGGCACCACCGCCAACAUGGCUGGAUUCGGCGCCCGCAGAUUUGCGCAAAAGCAGCAGCAGCAGGCUGACAAGGAGAUGGCUCGCUAUGAAGCGGAGGAGCGCAGACGAAUGGCCGAUGAGGAGUUACGAAGGCACCAGUGGCAUGAGGAGGAAGAGCAGAGGAUGUACAGACAACAGCAAGAAGAUGAGGUGGCGGAGAGGAGGAGGAGGUGGAAGGAACACGAGGCGUGGGAAAGGCAGCAGUCACAAGAGCAGGAAGCGGCGCAUCGGGAGCAGCAUCCGGCAACGCAAAAUCACGAGGGAAGCGGGAAGAACCAGCAUCACGGCGACCCACUUUGGAUGCAGGAGCAUCGGCACGACCAAGUCGAUGCGCAGCAGCAUCUGCACGAUCAUCAGCAGGGUCCUUAUCAGACCCUGCAUCCCUCGUCGGGCAGCAGGAUGGUGAACAAAAGUGGGCACGGUGCCUGGCAGAGUGAGGUCAAAUAUGACAACGAUGGUCCCUAUGACGCCUACUGGGGCGACCAUGGCGAGUAUGACGAAGGCAGAGGACAUCGGCCUUCGAAGUCGCAUGCAUCCGUCGCCAGUCAUCAUGCCCGACAGACGGUCUAUGAAGACGGGUACGAGGAGCCAGACCUAGGGCGGUAUGAUAAAGCACAAGCACAAGUAGCAAUGGCGGCAGAGGCAGAGAUGGAGGCAGAGACAGAAGAGUCAUUCCAGGAUGACGGUGCAUCGACGGUCAGGGCUCGGAGUACGGUCGGAGCGAAGUCGCUGGAGCGGUACACCACGUACGAGCCUCUGCCAUUGGCAAAGUGUGCAGACUGCGGCGAGAGUAUCGCCUUUGAGGACCUCGUUGACCACGAAUGUGACGUAGGACUCAGGAAGGCCAUCGUCGAUUCUCCUCCAGAGUCGCCCCCCUUUGUCGAGUCUCCUCUCGAGAAUCUGCAUGCUGCCGGAAGUUUCCCCAAGGUUUCAGCUACUGCUGCUACUGCCACACCCUCUCCAAGCACGGCUAGCAAAUCGCCAUUCUUCAACCGCUACGAAGACGUGAUAGAAAAGGUCCGCAAAGAUGGUCGCAUAUCCCCCGCAUUCGCGCAGACAAAAGACUCGCCCAUCAAGACAAUUGAGACCAAAAACGUCGUCAUCGAGGAAGAGGUGCAGCGAAGGCUUGCCAUGAAGCGCCGGAUCGAAGCGCAGCGUGAGGCAAAGCGAAAGGAAAGCAGUAGCUACCCCCUUCCAUCUCCCUCGCUCGAGGUCACCACCAAAGAUCUUCCACGAAGCGGCGGCCCGAGGACUUCACCAUACCUCUCGUCGCCAAACUCUGCUCUCUCGGCCUCUAAUUCACCUCCUGUUCGGGUGUCACCCUUACCUUCCUCUUCACCCUCUUCUCAGCUGUCGUCGCUGCCCAGGACUCACACCGUCAGCGACGAGCGCUUAUGCACUCCAGUACCCUCGUCUGCGAUGUCAAAGGCAGUGAUGCUGCAGCACAAAGCGCAAGAAUCGUCCGUGUCAUCCUCGUCUACCAUGUCGAGCGCUCAAUCCUCGUUGCUAGGGGACUCUUUCGGCCAAGCAAGCAGUGGUUUGACGCCCAGUUCAAGCUUCGACAUCUUAAGCGAGCGUGAAGGCGUACCGUCACCGCAGCAAAAGUCGUCGUCGACGACGAUGAUGACGGCAAGGAAGCCUUCAGAAGUACCGAAAGUGAAAGAGAAGCGUCAGAGCAUCGAUCUUGGUCACCUCGAGGAUCUGCUACAAGAUCUGGAAGUUAGUGUUGGUCAGUCGGCAUGCAAGAAGGCCAGCAACGAUGCUCCGCGCAAGCUUCCCAUCUCGGACCCGAGGACUCGCCAGCAGAUUGAGGAGGAAAGACGGCGGCGAAAGGACAAACAGCAGCAUUACCUCGCCAUCGACACCAAGUCUGCGACGUUACAAGCUCAAGGCCACGGCCCGCGCACCAAACGCUCCUCUCCUUCUGCCUCAGCAAAAUCCUCACCCUUGUCGGCAAUGUCGCCGGCGAAGGUGCGGCCGUCUCAUGGGUCAUCGGCAUGGAGCAAGUCGAGUCGGAGCAGCGGCAACGGCAAGAAAAAGGGCACAACGAUUUUGUGCAGCGUCUGUCUAUGCAGGCUCACGACAGAUAUGCCUAAGGUCGAACGCGACGGCAAGCUGUUUUGCAAAGAUGAUUUUGCCGACCUAUUUUUAAACAAAUGCCGCAAGUGCACAAAGCCAAUCGAAGAGCGAUCGGUCAAGAGCUCUGACGGAGCUAUCAGAGGAAGCUUUCAUCCCUCAUGCUUCUCUUGUUUUCAAUGCAAUGCCACCUUUGACGAUGGCAUUUUUUAUGCCUUCGACAACGCUCCUUACUGCCGAGAACACUACCAUGGUCUCAACGGAACCCUGUGCACAUCGUGCAGUGACGGCAUCGAAGGUCAAUGUCGCCAGACGGAAUCCGGCGAACGUUAUCACCCACGCUGCUUCACAUGCCAAUACGACGACGAGGCCAAUGGAGAAUUCUGCAGGGACGUCCUCGAGGAAUACUACCUCGUCGAAGGCAAGAGGCUGUGCGAGUGGCACUUCCAGAGGAUCCAGAAAAAACUAGAACACAGGGAUGGCAAGAAGCGGACCGACGUGGCGGCCAAAGCUCGGAAGAGAAAGACGAUUCUCAAGGCGAUUUCAUAG